UCGCUCUGUAUAUUCAGGUGCACUGUCUCUUUAAAAGCCUCGUGUUGUUACAGGAAGUGCGAGGGGUGUUUCCAGCUGAUCUGCACAACAGAAGACCAGAGUCCCCCUCAGCAGCCCGACCUACCUGCACCUGUCUCCGGUACCACAGCACAGCAGACCGGUACCGGCCCCUGGAGGUGUGCAGCGCCGCACUCAGAGCCUCCUCCUCGGGAUUAAUAUCAGGUCUCCCCCCCUCCCUGCUCCUGGGCUUCUUUUUAGCCGCCUGCUUAGCUGCCGUGAACCGGUGCCGUCGGUAGCUGUUAGCCCGGACUGUCAUGAUCCCAGCUCGGAGAUGGCGUCCUUCCCCGGUUUGUGUAAGGCUGUCGGGCCCGCGGAGGAGGAGAACGGAGAGCUGGACGGGUCCCUGCAGCAGAUGCUGAAGGCCAUCGCCGACGAGAGGAACCGACUGAACAUCCGACAGGAGAUCAGCGGGCUGGGCUGUUUUAAGGAUGACCGCAUCGUGUUCUGGACCUGGAUGUUCUCCACGUACUUCAUGGAGAAGUGGGCUCCGCGUCAGGACGACAUGCUGUUCUACGUCCGCAGGAAGCUCGCCUACGUCAGCGCGGACAACACCGAGGGGAAAAAGGUGGAGGUGGAGGUUUACAGGAGAGACUCCAAGAAGCUGCCUGGCCUUGGAGACCCAGACAUCGACUGGGAGGAGAGCGUCUACUUAAACCUCAUCCUGCAGAAGUUGGACUACGUGGUGACUUGUGCGGUCUGCACGCGCUCAGACGCAGGAGAUAUCCACAUCCACAAGAAGAAAUGUCAGGAAGUGUUCGCGUCGCCCAGCAAACACGCCAUGGACAGCAAAGGAGAGGAGUCCAAGAUGAGCUACCCGAACAUCUUCUUCAUGAUCGACAACUUUGAGGAGGUGUUCAGUGACAUGACGGUGGGCGAGGGGGAGAUGGUGUGUGUGGAGCUGGUGGCGAGCGACAAAAGCAACACCUUCCAGGGCGUCAUCUUCCAGGGGUCGAUCCGCUACGAGGCCCUGAAGAAGGUCUACGACAACCGGGUGAGUGUUGCGGCUAAGAUGGCGCAGCGGAUGUCUUUCGGCUUCUACAAAUACAACAACAUGGAGUUCGUGAGGAUGAAGGGACCACAGGGCAAAGGUCACGCAGAGAUGGCCGUCAGCAGGGUGCCCACAGGUGACACCUCCCCCUGUGGGACAGAGGAGGACCAGGUUUCCCCCAUCCACGAGAGGGUGACGUCAUUCAGCACUCCUCCUACUCCAGAGAGGAACCGCCCCUCCUUCUUCUCUCCGUCGCUCAGACGUAAAGUGCCCCGAAACCGAAUCGCAGAGAUGAAGAAGUCUCACUCAGCCAACGACAGUGAGGAGUUCUUCAGGGAGGAGGAUGACGAGGAUCUUCACACGGCCACUAACCUGCGCUCACGCUCUCUCUCGGGGACCGGGCGCUCUCUGGUCGGAUCCUGGCUCAAACUGAACCGGACUGAAGACUACUUCCUGCUGUACUCACACCUGACCUACGUCACGCUGCCGCUGCACCGCAUCACUGCAGACAUCCUGGAGGUUCGGCAGAAGCCCAUCCUGAUGACAUAGCAGAGCCUGACUCCCUCAGAGCCUCUCUACAAAGUGCCUCCUGCAUCAGGCCACAGCAGCAGCGCCCCCCGGUGUCCACACUGAGAACAACAACCAAACGACAGAGGAGACCACCACCAACAAACAAACAAACAAACCAGCCAUUCAGGAAGUGCCUCUUCUUCUUUUCAGUUUCCCGCUGUGACCUGGAGCGUCUCCAGGGUCACAUGACCUCAGCGUGAACAGGCAUUGGCUGACAGGAAGUAGGAGGAGGAAGUUGAAGAAUGUGUGAUUCUUGUAAAUAUCUGCUGCUUUACUCACUGAGACGCCUUGACUGAAGGUUUCUGCUUUUAAAGACACGUUUCUGUUUUUGUUGGACUCGUCGUGGACCUCGUGGAGUUUCUUUAUUUGUUUUAAUUUGUCUACGAAGACGGGAUGUCAAAGGGAUUCUUCGUCUGACAUGUUUCAAAUAAAAAAAGUAUGUUUGUUUUUUUUUAAACCAGA